AUUUUCAGAAAAUCAAAAUGGCGGGGGUUGAUGUAGAAGCGGAUAUGUCCGGACUGUUUGUAGGAGAGGAACAGGCCAGCUUGUUUCCGGACGAAGAUCAGACGCAAGGAGAUGGGGGUACACAGAUGAAUGCCACGGCGAAUAUGGACGGGGCAGAUGGCGGAGAGAAGAAGAAGAGAGUGAUAAAGAAUCCACAACCUAAACUAAAUGCAGAUAGAUUAAUGGGGCCUAGAGGUGUUCAUACAAUAGAAGAACUUUUUAAGGACUGGAAGCCUAGUGGACAUGGUAAAGAAUUCGAGGAUUUGGACGUGAUAAUGCAUAAAUUAAACCACUGGGCGCAUAGACUUUAUCCUAAACUUCCUUUUGAUGAUACCCUGGAUAUCAUUGCUAACAGGUUAGGGAACAAGAAGGUUGUGACGACCCACGUGAAGAAGAUCAGGAUGGGUAUGCUGGUGAACCCUGUCAGGGAGGAGGAGGUCGUGGACGACAGGGUUGAGGCUGCAGUGGAGAGGGAGGUCGAAAGAUAUGAUGGUGGGGAGGGCGAACCUGAAAUUGAUCCCUUCCAGCAACUGACCAGUAGAACUGCUGCCCCUCUCUCGCACAGCUCCCCUGGUCCCCGGAGCAGCAGAUUGACCGAGGAGCAGCUGGAAAGGAUGAAGAGGAACAAGGAGCUGGCCGCCAGGAAAAAGAAGGAGAGGGAGGAUGCGAGGAGGAAAGAGGAAGAGGAGGACGAGUUGAUGAGAGAUCUUGAGGAAGAAAACCGACCAGAUCAAGAUCAAGAUGUUCUUCGCCGUCUGCAUAUAGAUGAAGAAAUUGAUCUAGAUAAUGAUAAAGAAACUCCUAGAUCUUCUACUGGUCCUUCUGCGUCUACUGAACCAGUCACAACACGAGCAGAAGUUGAUAUUUGUCCAGAAGUUGUUCAUGAAGCUUCAAGGUCGGCGGCGGCUGCCGUAGAGUGGUCAGAAACCUCCGAAGUAUACUGUGGUCCGGUGUAUGAGGAAAAGGGGGAAAAGGAAAAAGAAAAGGAUAAAAAUGUUUUAACAAUGGACGAAAUGAUGGACGAGAUGGAAUAACCAGUCAUUGUAUUAGACAAAUAUUUUUAUAUUAUAAUUUUUAUACUUAGACAUUAUCAGUUUUACAUACGGUGCUGUUCUGUACGAAAACUGGGCAUUAACCUGAACUGCCUCUUUCAGGAUACUUAAUUAAGGCGUAAUUAUUGAUCAUUGGACUAAGGAUUUCAAUAAAUUGUAGAAUUAGUCAAAUUUUGCUUUUUUCAGAUUCUUACCAUAGAUCCAGAUAAAAAUGUUCAACUUGUCCGUCAUAAAUAUACAGUAAUAGCAUCAUUAUAAGAGCCCUCAGAGAAAUAGUUAAAAAUAUAGUUAAAACAAAAUCUGUUGAACAACUUAGCAAUGGUUUAGUAAAGCUCUUGAAUGUAAUUGAUAACCCUUUAGAAAAUUGCAAAUUUGAUUUCUGAAAAGGACUUGAAACUUAUUUUGGCGAAACCCGGAGCAUUUGAUAAUUUCACACUUCAGUAUAAAAGCAAUUUGUAUUCAAAAUCGUGUUUGUACCAUUAGACUAUCAGUUACUGUCCUGUGUUUACUACUGGUAUCACCAGUCCUUAUAUUUCA